AUGCUGAGUAGCAUUAGUCUCCGUUACAGAUCUAAAAAAUCAGAGCCGCUCAAAUCUCACCAGUCUUCUUUCGUUCUUCUCUGUGGGAGCUGCUAUCGAGAGCUUCUAUAUUUUCCGGUCGACCUUGAUCGAAGCCAUCUGCUGCCUCCAUAUCCAACGCCGACACCUGCUAUCUCCAUCUCCAACACAGGAAUGGGAAAAAAGAAGUAUAUUUAUUGGAAUACGAUCAGGCCUUGGUCAGAUCUUACUCAUGAUGUGCUUUUAUUAGUUAUGAUGAAGCUUGGAAUUGUUGAGUUUCUUGUAUUCAGCAGAGUUUGUAAGGCAUGGAGAUCACUGGCAGUUUCUAACAAGAAAAAGUUUCUGGGCUCCAGAGAACCAAUGUGCGUAUCUCUCACUAUUAAUGAUCCUAACGAUAAGGACUGCAAUCUUGUUGGCAGGACAAUUGUUGGAGUAACUUGUGGUUACUUAAUAUUAUUUGGCGAGAAAACCUCCGACUUCUGGCUUCUGAAUCCUAUCACAAGCCAUGACCUUCAUUUCCCUGAUAUCCCCUAUGAUUUACUUCAUUGCCCUGGAAAUCACAGGGGUAUCCUAGUCUAUUCACCAUCAAUAUCCGGAUACGUGUUUGUUCUGUUUAAUCGAUGCUAUAAUCAUAAAAUAUGGUUUUGUAUAGCGGGUACACGAGAAUGGACUUUUGUCUACACCGACCUUUACCCCAUUCAUGAUUUAAUUGCUUUCAAGGGGAAGAUAUAUACUGCACACUCUGUUCAUGGAUCAGAUAAAGUGAGGCUAUGUGAAAUGAAACUCUAUCCAAACCCUAAAUUGGUGUUACUCGAGACCUAGAGUUUUUCAGAACCAAAUUUCAAACGUCCCGGAUUUGUGACUUCUGGUGAAAAUCUUUAUUUGAUAGAUAUUACAGUUUCAGAACAUCCUUACAAGAUUCAUGAAAUAGAUCUUGACAAAAUGAAAUGGGUGUCACGUGAAAAUAAAGGAAAACAAUAUUCCUUCUUUCUUUACGAUUUUAAGUUAUGUGAUGACCACUUACAAUAUGGGCGAUAUGUUUUUAAUGGUCAGAAUGGAAAGGAUGUGCCGGCUAAAGCAACAAGCAUGUGGUAUUUCUUCUUUGAUUGUUUGAAUGUUGAUCGCAUACAUGAC